UCUGUGUGCCUCGUGUUUCUGUUGCAUAAGAUCCUGUUUCUGUGUUUUCACAGAUUUACUCACGCAUUUCUUUUUCAAGACUUUAUUCUUUGGAAUAUUCAAAGCCAGCGCUAUAGGUUAGCUUCAACCCCCAAACCGUCUGAACAUCUGUAGGUUUGUCUGUUUUUAACACAGCAGCAGAGGUGCAGUAGGACCUUGGGGUGCGGCUGCAGCAGUGUAACAGUGAGCAGACAGGAGGGAGGAGCCUGAAUAGAAACCAAACAACCCUCCACACCCUGUGGCCUCUGGGAAGUUUCUCCGCAUUCCUGCAAUAGAUUCAGACACACACACCUAAAAAUUAAUAGACAGGAAGCUGGAAGGAACCUGAAGCUGAGGCUGGGAGUUUGGAGGGGCUACUGCUUUAGGACUGGAGACCAUAACCUCAUCAUCCCCGCCCUGCCAGUCUUAUCAUGAGUAAGGCAGGCGCUGAUGAAGGUGGAGCUGGGGGCUGCGGUGAUUCAGCCAAACAGCUGGAGGCUAAAGAUGAAAAAGGAGGAAAGUUGCUGAGCAAACCGUCUGCUGGAUCCGGCUGGACCAAAGUGAGCUGCCCCUGCUGCUUCUCAGAGCGGGUGGAGCCGCUGGUUCUGGUGAAGCUUGGCGGGAAAGUCGGCCCCGAGACGAAGCGCUGGCUCAUCAAGGUGAUUGGAGCUCCUCAGAAAGAUGGAGGUGCUGCAUUACUGGCCCACCCGGGUGAGGACGCCAGCGGUGAUAUCAUCGUGGUCUCGGCCCCCCGCUGCACGUUACUACGAGCCGCUGAAGAGUUGGGUCUUUGUAAGACUUACCGCAGCGGGGACAUGGAGGCCUUCUCCUACAAUGACAGAGACAACUUUAAAGAUUCAGAUAACAUGGAGGUGUUUCUCACGCUGGCGGAGCGACAGUACAUAGUGAAGUAUGAGCUGGAUGGACUGCGGGUGCAGAGGGACCUGAGGAUACCCGGCCUGCCUGAGAGCCGCAUGCUGCAAAAAAGAGACAACAUCUGGCAGAAGCUUUCCUCAGCCGGUGUUGUUGUGGACACGUUUCCCCUCCACAACCGAAAAAAACUGAAGGACCUCGGUGAAGCCUGGUACUCGGGAAAUCAGCUGGCUCAGCCACUUGAUUCAGUCAAUGACUAUUUUGGAAGCGCUGUGGCGUUUUACUUCAGCUUCCUUGAUUUCUACACCUGGUCUUUGCUCACACCUGCAAUACUGGGCCUGGCCAUCUCAUACUUCUCAGGUGAGGUUAAGAAGGAAAUGGUGGAUUCGGUCUCGGGAUCGAAGGUCAUAAUUAAUGAUGAUGACUCAGGACCGAUGAUCAGCGGCCACAUGCUUCAGGCGAUGUUCAGCAUGAUCUGGUCCACGGUGUUCAUGGAGCUGUGGAAACGCCGGAGCUCCUCGUUGUCGUACCGCUGGGGGACCAUGAACCUCGCAGAGCGUUUUGCAGAGCCUCGGCCCAAUUUCUACGGUGACCUCGGCGUAAACCCCGUUACAGGUCGCGUGGAGCCUCUUUUCCCUGAAUGGAAGAGAGACCUGCGCAUGGUGCUGGUGUCGGUCCCAGUUGUGGGGCUGUUUCUAGGGCUAGUGGUACUCGGUAUGAUGUGUUUCUACUGGGGGGAGGCCCAGGUGAAACAGCUACACAAAGACUGGAACUCCCUGCUGUCUCAGGCUUUGCUCUACAUACCCUCAGUGCUUCACAUCGUUUACACAAACAUGCUAGGAAAUGUUUACAGGAACGUGGCGCAGAGUCUGACUGAAUAUGAAAACCACAGAGAGGAGUCCGCCUUCGAGAACCAUCUGACAGCCAAGAUUUUGGUGUUCACCUUCUUCAACAAUUUUGCCGUGCUCUUCCACAUUGCCUUCUUCAAGCAGGAUGUGCCCCUGCUUCGUAAGCGCCUGGCGUCUUUGUUGAUCGUGAGUCAGCUGGUUAACCAGGUGACAGAGGUGGUUAUACCUUUCCUGGUGGACAGAUUCAUCAGCGCCCCCCACAGGACAGAGAGUGAAGAUGACCCUAAGGAGGACAAAUUCCGGAACCAGAGAACCCUGCCUGUUUUUCCUGGCCUGUUUGCAGAAUAUAUAGAGCUCCUGGUGCAGUUUGGGUAUUUGAGUCUUUUCUCCUGCGUGUAUCCUCUGACGGCCGUGCUGCUGCUCAUCAACAACAUAACGGAGAUCCGAUCAGACGCCUAUAAGAUCUGCAACCUCUUCCGCAAGCCCUUCUCCCCUCCUGUGGCUAACAUGGGCGUGUGGCAGGUUGCCUUCGAGGUCUUGAGUUUCGUCUCUGUUAUUUCUAACUGCUGGUUGCUGCUGCUGUCGCCACGGUUACAAGAGCUGUGUCGCGAGGGCGGCCUGAGCAGCACGAACGUCCUGCUGUUGGCUGUUUUUGGGGAGCACGUGCUGAUCUUAAUCAAGUUUAUUAUGGCAGCCCUGAUUCCCGAUGAACCCGACUGGAUCAGGAAGAAGAGGGAUCAAAUGGAGUACACAUCCAUGCAGGCCCUGAAAGAACAGAAGCUGCAACCUGAAGUGUCCUAACUGUGUUUCAAGGUUGAUGAGAUGGUUCUUGAUGUCAUUGGAGGCCACCAUCUUUAGCGUUGUGUGGAACCCAGCAGGAGAAAAGUAGUGGAUCUCCAGCGGGGCCCACGAUGUUUACUGCUGUGCCCCUGUGUGAUCCCAAAGUGUAUCUGCAGCUCUUUUCUCACUGAUUAAGCCAAUGCUUCUGUGAUGUGCACACUUUGAAAUGCAUCUUCAUAAUAUCCGUGCAAUUGAAACAGCAGCUAAAUAGUUUAUUAGACAGCAAAGGGAAUGUAACUGUUACGCUGCAGGUGAAGGCCAAAGGUAUUUUUUGCAGAAACCCUCUAAAAUGUAAUUAGAACUUUCGCCACAAGGUGGCAGCGUUUUAUAAGAAAAUUUUAGAGUAGUAGUCCAGCCCAACCAGCAUCUUUAGCGUUGCUAUCUUACAAUUUGACUCCUGAUUAAUCUAAUGUUUUUCUUUUUUUAAAGCAUGGCCUGUGCUUUUCUAGUUACCAAAAUAGCUGGGCAAGUAAGAUAGUAACACAAAUUCAGUGUGAAUGUUGAGCUAACUCUCGCUUGAAUAAUUGGAUGACACACUAACUCGCUGUACCAUCUUGUGGUUCAAAGUGGUAUUACAAUUGAGCGCAGCGAAGCCUUAAUUUCACUUUAUUUGAUAUCUCUUCAUCGUGAUACAUAUACACAGGGAUUUAAGUGGGCUGGAUCGAUCCAGCAUAUGCCAUGGACUUGUAACAUCAUAGUCUGUUUACAGUUUUAAUUGCUUUUUAAAGGUUUUACAUUAUUUUUAAAUUGUUGUGUUUUUACAAAUAGACUGUCCUACAGUAAAGCAGGUUUUUUUUUUAAAGGAAAAUGUAUAGAGCAUUUACAAUCAAUAUUUAAGAAAGGCCACUAGCAAUUCUAAAGAUGGGCAGUACACUUGGCAAUAUUUUUCAUGGUUUUCUCUCUGGGGUCUUCUUCUUCUCACUGCUGCCACCUGGUGGUAAGAUGCAGUUUGGGAUUCAUAGUUGGCAACUGUAUCUUCAAUGGAGUAAAUAUCAAAAACCAACAAUUGUCCAUGAAAAGUUAGCCUUUAAAGCUGCUUGAAUCAAUACUUUGAAUACAUGCUUGUCUACAUCCAUGAUUUAAAUGCUCAUCCAUGUUUACAGUCCUCUAAAGGCACAAUUCUAAAUAGAUGCUAAUGUCACUGUGUGCUUGCUGGAUGUUUAAAUUAACUUUACAAAGAAACAUUUUUUGUGCCGACACCAAAAACUGAUUUUUGCAGCUUUUAAAACCUCCAGCUUGAACUUACAGCUUGUAUUUUUAGGAGCGAUGACAGGUGAGUUUAGUGAGUAUUGGAAGUGAAAAAGCAAAACACAGUGGUGUAUUUUGCUAAAUGUACUUUUAUGCAAAGGACCAAAUAAUAGGAAAUACUGUGGAUACUCCCUUGAAGAUACUGUCAACACGACAACUAUAAAAGCUACUUUCAACUGUUUUCUUGUCAUAAGGGAUCACCACAGCAGCUGCCUUCACAGCUGAUCUCACAGUUUUACACCAAAUGCACUUCCUGACAUUUAGCAUGAGCUAAAUACAGUAAACUGUGUACCAAUGUUUGCACUGAAAGCAGUUAGGAGCAACCAAAGAAUCGCUAUGUGCUUUGCUUUUAGAAAUGCAUUAUUUUUGUAUGUGUGGGAUUUUUACUUGCUUGUUGAAACCUUGUAGUCUCUAUCACUAUACGAGUGUUAUUGCACUGUUCAGUGCAGAUUAAUCUGAGAUAUUAUGAGAAAUGUGCAGAACGUGAAGCCGCUAGGGGAAGCCCACCAUGCCCUCUGCACAUGCUGAACAGUGGUGUCUUGUUCUUAGAUAAGUUAUUGUAUUAUUUUUAGGCGUUAGUAGUCUUUUCAGCCACCAGGGGGCACCACACGUUUUUAUUUUACUUGCAUGCAGCUUUCCACAAGCCUGGUCCCUGCUGAAGGACUGAUUCAGCAAAGGUGCUGAUAGAUGGUGAGAGUUUCUCAAGAGGCUUCAGGUGCACAUGUACAAUCCUGACACUAAUCAUAGGCCUGUGUGUGUUUGUGUGAAGUGGUCACGAGUUAAUGAAAAGAAAAUUUUAGACAAGGAUCGGAGUUUCAGCUCUGACCACAGCAUUUGCUGGCUGUCUCAAUAAACUGACAGAAGGAA